GUGCCUAUCGGGGCCACCAUUAGCCAUGUUGUCAAGACUGAGGAGUCUGUUUGGGAGAGAGAGUGGAAGACAUCCAAAGACCAGAGAGAGGCAGAAGGAAGCUGCCGUUCAGUGUCAGAGAAAAACACGAACAAGUAAAUGGCUCUGGCGAAGGCAGAAUACUGCAGCAGAGCCAUCGUCCCACCCAGUGCUCCCCACAAAGACACCAGUGAAGGAGAAAAUGGAGAAGCUGACCACGGAGCUGCAGCUGAUGACCAGCCAAAGAAAUGAGCUGCGAGAACGCAUCGUCUUCAUCACAGAAGGCACCAUGCAAAAUAGGCCUUACCACAAGCCAAACCCAUUCUAUGAGAAGCUGAAGUCAGAACAUAAUGAGGUCAUGUUGCAACUGAAGAGAUUGGAGGAGGAGAACACCAUGGCCUCACAGAAGUUCAGUGAGCUGACAGAGGAGACGGUCUUCUACCUUGGUCUGCAGAGCCGGCUCCUGAUGCAAGAGACUCAGCUGGAGAAGAUGGUGGCCAUGCUGAGGCAGGAGAAAAGGAAGCUGUUGGAGGACUGGGACCUGCUGAGGCCCCACUUGGAGGACUGGAAAGUGAUCUGUAAGGACAAAGAAGAAGACACCAGUGACCUCAAAUCCCAGCAACAACAGGAUCUCAAGAGAUUGGAGGAAAGACUUCAGUUCCUGCUGAAGCAGAAGGAGGUGUUCACCCCUGAAAAGGACGUGGAAGAAAAGCUGCAGCACCACUUUGAGGACUCCCAGAUGAGGUUGACAAGUCUUCAAACUGAUCUAGAACAGGCCCCAGCCCAGGAUGAGAGCCACCUGCAGACGGAGCUGCUAGAGCAAGAGCCACCUGCUGAGCCCCAUCCCCAGCAACUACUGCACUCUGGGGAUGCAGGUGCUUCCUCAAGUUUUGGUUCCCAUUUGGAAUAGGCCCUGAUGACGACUAGCCAGUAGCCCAGCAUGGCUGCUUCUGGGUCUUGAUUCACUUUCAUCCUUGAUAACACUCCUUUAAAGAACUCAAGAGGCCAAAGAAAGCCACACAGACCUUGCACCCAUGACAUUCUGCACAUCAGGAUCAACGCCUCCAGACAAAAAGCCACCCCUUGCAGUUAUGAACUCACCAGUGAGGGAAACACCAGCUGACCUCCAGGUGACCAUACCCAACGUGAUCCAUGUAUCUGUGGACUCAGUUCUUGUGAAGAAAAGAAAGCAUCAAAAUAGGUUAAGAAGCAGAAAAUCUUACAGAAAAAAUUUCUCAAAAGUCUACACUUACGAGCAAAUGGCCUCAGCCUUGGAGAGAACAUGGCAUGUAAAGUCCCUAAGAAGAAUGGCUACAGGUGUCUUGAAAAUGUUUCUUCAAUGGGUGAUUGCCUUGCUACCAUAUCUCCUAGGCAACCACGGCCUAUAGUAGAUCUGUGCUACUCAAUCUGCCAUGAUGAAUGCUAAUUAGCUUAAACAUAAUUUGCUGAUUGUUUCAUGAUUUUGGUUUUGAUAGUUUUUGUUUUAGCUUUGUUAUUUUGAUGUUAUUUGUUCUUGUUACUGAUUUUUGUAGUUUAUUAAGGCUAUUCAGUGUUUUUAAAGUACCCUUUUAAAGUGCACCAUGCAAAAUUAAUUAUUCCUUGUGAAUAAAAAAGCAAUUUCCAACUCUUCACACUUAAGCCCAACUCAUUUGGUCACGGGUUCUGUCAUCCUUCUAUAACCCCAGAAAUCACAGACACAGAUGGAUCUCUACUAGUCCAUGGGCUAGUAGCAUGGACUACACAGUGAGUUCUCAGCCAGCCAGGGCGACACAGCAGAUUGGCAUCUUGUAUAUGGAUAGCAAGGCUUCCUCCGUGUAUACACAUUUCAUGAAGG